AUGCUCGCUACCGAGCUCAGUGUUGCCAUGAAAAGAGAGUUUACAGCCAAGCAAGUGCAAGACAAGCUCGCCAAGAUGAAAACUGAAUGGAGCCUCUCGAAGCCCUCUCUUGCCGCCCCCACCGGGAACACUCCACUGGCGCUUGAGCCCUUGCACUACGAAGUCAUGCUUGAAUAUUGGGGCGAGAAGGUGGGCUUUCAACGGGAGUCACUGAUGAGCACUGAUGAUGUAUGCGACGAUGACAAUAGUGAGACGAAGCAAGAUCACUCCUCGAAUGAUGACGAAGAAUCGGCUGUGGUCGAUGAGGGGGCGCAGGAGCCAAAGCAAAAAAAUGAAGCCAUCGAAAAAAUUAAAGAAGUCAAGAUCAGCUUCGGAGUCCCUUGA